GCGAGGAGAGCGGAGGAGAGGGGAAGAGAGAGGGGAAACCGCCGAUGGUGAAGGGUCCAGGGCUCGGUUAACGGGGGGAAGCAAGGAUACCGGCCCGUCUCUGUUUGUCCUGGGCAGUCGGGCAAUGACAGACGCACCGAACGGGGGACUUUGAGAUAUGAUGAGGCUUUUUUCUGGUUGGUUAUAGUACUAUGAUUUGGUAUGUGGCCACUUUGAUAGCAAGUGUAUUCAGCACCCGAGGAACGGCCGCUCAAGGUGCCCACGGAGUGCGAGAGGAGCCCCAGUUUGUGACGGCACGCGCAGGAGAGAGCGUCAUCUUGGGAUGCGACGUGCCUCACCUGCUGAACGGAAAGCCCUAUGUGGUGGAGUGGUUCAAGUAUGGAAUGCCAAUCCCUUUCUUCAUCAACUUUCGCUUCUACCCUCCUCAUGUGGACCCAGAAUAUGCCGGUCGGGCCAGUCUGCACGGCAAGUCGUCCCUGCAGAUAGAGAGCGUGCGUUCAGACGACCAAGGCUGGUACGAGUGCAAAGUGCUCAUGCUGGAGCAGCAGUAUGACACCUUCCACAACGGCAGCUGGGUGCAUCUAACUGUGAACGCCCCUCCCACAUUCACAGACACACCACCUCAGUAUGUCGAGGCCAAGGAACGAGGGAGCAUCACGUUGAGCUGCAUGGCGUUCGGCAACCCAAAACCCUCUGUCAGCUGGCUGCGAGAAGGCAGUCUUCUGAUCAGCAGUGCCAAGUACAAGGUGUCUGAUGGGAAUUUGACGGUGCUAUCCAUCACCCGGGAAGAUCGCGGGGCCUACACGUGCCGAGCCUUUAGCUCCCAGGGAGAGGCCAUUCACACAACAAGGCUGCUAGUACAAGGCCCUCCGUUUAUUAUCUCACCACCAGAGAACAUAACGGUGAACAUCUCGCAGGACGCCUUCUUCACCUGCCAGGCGGAGGCCUAUCCUCGCAACUUGACAUACACCUGGUUCUGGGAGGAGGACAACGUCUUCUUCAAGAAUGACCUCAAGCGGAGAGUCAGUAUUCUCAUUGAUGGUUCCCUCAUCAUUGUGCAAGUCAAGCCCGAGGAUACAGGGAAAUACACCUGUUCCCCCAGCAACAGCCUAGGCAUACCACCGUCUGCCUCUGCCUACCUAGCAGUGCAAUACCCUGCCCGUGUGGUAAACAUGCCAUCUGUCAUUUAUGUGGCCAUUGGUCUCCCAGGCUUCAUUCGCUGCCCAGUAGAUGCCAACCCCCCUAUAACUCUGGUUAAGUGGAAAAAAGACGGCCUCCCUCUACGGAUAGACAAGUACCCUGGCUGGAGCCAGAUGGACGAUGGGAGCAUCCGUGUUGCAGAGGUGACAGAGGAUUCUCUUGGCACCUACACCUGCAUGCCUUACAAUGCCCUGGGAUCCAUGGGAUGGUCUCCUCCUGCUCCCCUGGUGCUAAAGGACCCUCCAAAAUUCUCUGUGGUUCCUGGAGGGGAGUACAGGCAGGAGGCUGGGAGGGAACUUGUCAUCCCAUGUGAAGCAGAGGGAGAUCCUUUUCCGAAUAUCACAUGGAGGAAGGUAGGGAAGCCCAGUAAAAGCAAGCACAAUGUUCUGCCUCGGGGUAGCUUACAGCUGAAGUCGCUCACAAAGGAUGACCACGGGGAGUGGGAGUGUGUCGCCACCAACGUUGCCACAAGCAUCACUGCCAGCACGCAUGUCCAAGUCAUAGGCACAAGCCCCCACGCCCCCACCGGCGUCCGCGUCGCAACCUCCUCCUUCUGGGCCAACGUGUCCUGGGAGCCCAGCUACAACGGAGGCUUCCAGCAGACAUACUCAGUCUGGUAUGGCCAUGUGCUGAAGAGGGAGCGCUUAGGUCCACACGACUGGGUUUCCAUACCAGUACCUGGAGGCCAGGACUGGAUGGUGGUGCCGGGCUUGGAGCCAGAGACGACGUACCAGUUUAGUGUCCUGGCCCAAAAUAAGCUUGGCACUGGCCCCUUCAGCGAGGUCGUCACUGUGAACACUCUAGUAUUUCCUACAAGUACCCCUGAACCAUUGGUGCUGCUUACCCCACCACGGUGCCUCACAGCCAAUCGCACGCAGCAGGGAGUCCUGCUCACCUGGAUCCCACCUGCCAAUCACACAGCACCUAUCCAGCAUUAUGUAAUGGAGUUCCGACUGGGGGAACGAUGGGAGAUCUUGGAUGACAGCAUUCCUGCAGGAGAGUUGGAGCUGCUCGCUCGAGACCUGAUCCAGGAGGCCUGGUACGAGUUUCGCGUCAUGGCCGUCAUGGACGACAUGGUGAGCGAGCCCAGUAACGUGGUGGGAGUGUCCAGCACAGAUUUCUUCCCCCCUCCAGAGAUGGUGGAGGAGCGUGGACUGACGCGGCCGGUGGUGGCUGGCAUCGUGGCCACCAUCUGCUUCCUGGCUGCAGCUGUCCUCUUCAGUACAAUGGCUGCCUGCUUUGUCAACAAGCAGCGCCGGAAGAAGCUCAAGAAGAAAAAAGAUCCCCCUCUGUCCAUAACCCACCUCAGAAAAAGCAUGGAAACACCGUCAUCUUCAGGAAAGGUGAGUCCGGAGAGCAUACGUUCAAAGGCAUCUCCAUCAGAAUCGUCCGAAGAGAGUCAUGACCAGCGUGGAAGGAAACCUCCUCCCAGUCCAGGAAGGAAAGAAGAGUUAUCCUUAUACAAGAAGACCAAAAGAGCAAUAACAAGCAAGAGGUACAUGUCCAAGCACGAAGCUGAACCAACAACACCUAUUGAACUUAUCAGUCGAGGCCCAGAUGGACGAUUUGUCAUCGAUCCCACUGAUGCUGAAAUGUCAGUCAAGCCCCGCCGUAUUGAGGGCUUUCCCUUUGUGGAAGAAUCAGACCUUUACCCAGAAUUUCGACAAUCGGACGAAGAGAAUGACGAUCCCAGGCCUCUUCCACCAGUCAUGGCACCGCUUCGGCCUCAUCAGAUUUCCCCAAUCUCCAGUCAGGAAUCUUACCUCCAGCCUCCAGCCUACAGUCCUCGUUUUCACAGGCCUUUUGAAGGUAUGACCAUCAUGGAGAGCAGUCAGCUCCAUGCCACGGGACAGAUCCGAGGCUCUCUUCACCAUAGAGCUUUCUAUGGCUAUCUAGGACCACCUGGAGAUCACGAUCCCCCACCUCCUUUCUACAUGCCUGAUACCAGCCCACUGAGGUCGGUCAUGUCCUCUCCUCCAUACUUUGCUGAGGGUCCCUUUGCACACCACAUUAUUCCUGAAGAAAUCGGAGAGGGUGAAUUUCCACAAUACGCUGUGUCCGGCUUCCCACUCCCUCUGACACUGACCUCUUCCUCUCAUUCACCAGAGAUUUGGCAGGGACUAGAUUUUACCUUUUCAAGUUUGGAGGGGCCUCAAUUUAUAUUCCCCCCACCCCACCCUCUGCAUACCCGCCAUGAUCCUCCCUACGCCUCUCCACCUCAUGUUCUUCCCCUUAGUGCUUUCCAGCACUCUUCUCUUCCAAUGCCUACCUACCCAACAGUCUUGCCACUUGAGGCCCCAAGUCGCAGGACAUCAAAGAGUCAUAAAAGCAAGUCUCCCAGCAAGGCCAGGCCUCAUGGCUCCCCAGCCAGGCAUUUAGCUAUGCAAGAGGCACAUUUAGGGCAGCUCAGACCUUCAGGCCAUAGUAUGGGUGUGCCAGUUUUGUCUUAUACUGAUCCAAUGGCUCAUAUCGUCCCCAGCACAUUCAGUAAUUUGGAUACACGAUGGUUUCAAACCAACCCCCGUUUUAGUCCCAGACAGACUCGUAGGAUGGAUUCUGGCUUGCAUCAGGUGGUUCUUCAACCCUCUCGACUUUCACCCCUUACUCAAAGCCCCCUUAGCUCUCAAGAGGGCUCCCCAGAGAUUGUAGUGCGCCCUCGCCCACGUCCAAGCAUGGUGCAGCCUCCCAUACCCCCAGGGAUGUCUGAGAUUACCCUGCUUCCACCGUCCACAGCCAGCUUUUCAAGGAGAUCAUCCCCAUCCUCAUCACCUGCUCAAGGUCAGGGUAGCAGGAGAACAAGCCCCAGCUACCGUUCCCACAUGGCUUUUGCCACUGCUGCAACCAGUUACCCAGCUUCCCAGUCCCCAUCGCCCCCCGUGGAAAGCAGCAGCAUAUUUGGGCAAAUGCCAGCUCAUAGGAGGACUGAGGAGGAGAUUCUUCCAUCUGAGCCCUCUCCACCCCAGUUGUCAGCUUCAGGAAAACGUCGAGGUGCGUUGAGAGCCCAUUCGGGGUCUGAGAGGAGUGACACACUGAGAUACCAGCGUGUCAGAAAGGCCAAGAAGAUGACGAUGAACAACAACAACUCAAAGACCAGAAAGAAAGCAGGUGUCUCCACCUCUCAGACCCAGCAGGCCUACACCUCUCAGGUACUCCAGCCCGAAGAAGCGCUCUACCUCUGCAAGAAGAAGAAGCGGCCCAUUCUUCAUGAUCCGUAUGCUCGCUUUUCUGCUCUGCUGUACCGCCGUCCACCACGGGAGGACCAGAAGGCCAUUCUAGCAAGCAUGGACAACAUGGACCUAGACCAUGCCACCUUCCUCUGAAAGGCCCCGGGGAUGAGAUCACAACCAGGGACAGGCUCCCGUUACCAUUCCAUCAAUACACUGCAGUAGCUGCGUUCCUGCUAGACAAGACAGCAAAGUCAGUGGAAUGUCUUUAUUUCCAUUAUCUACAAAAUGGAGACAACAGUACAUGUCAGAGUACAGAUUUAGUGCAAUCUACAGGUUCACGCUAGUUUUAUUGAAUUUGCAUUUACCAUUGGAUUGCUGUUGACAAUAACCUAGAGUACUCUAGGGUAUAAACUGAACAAAGACUUCGAAAUUGUAACAUUUUCUAGUAAAGACACAAAAAGAAAAAUUAUAUUCCAGUACAAAUCAUUUCGUCUCGGUUUAUUUUAACUAAGAGUAGUAAGGAAGAGAAUCUAGAGUGAUCUCCCAGAUUGGAGUUGUAGCCGUAAGAUAGUUCCUGUGGAAAAAAGUCUGGAUGAUUCGUUACAAACUAAUAGGGACGCGCAGAGUCACACACGUGUUGUGCAUCAUUUUAAGUUAGCUAGUACAUCCUUCUGAAAGUAACGUCACUGAUUUUGGGAUUCCAAUUGAACAUUUACUCCAGUGCAAAAGUCAAAAUUUUACCAACAAGUGGCGGGACUUUAUCGCUCAACGCUGUUUUCCCCAAAGUUGUUCCAGAGUCCCCUUUAUUCCUUUAUCCAUUGAAGAGUCGAAAUGAUUCACGCUAAGCUGAGCGGGUCUGUUUCCCACUGAGUGCAGUCUCCCCCCCACACCUCCGUUUACAGGUCCUUCCAAUGAAUUCUCUGCCUCACAUAUAAGGACGAUCUUACUUCCUACCAACUUUACCUCAGAGCACACGAGACCACACAACCACUGGAGUCAACCAGCUCAGCUCUUUGACUUCUCCUGUCUAAAUAAGAAACACUCUUUCUUCACUCCUGCAAUGCUGAAAACGUAUCUUUCCUCUGUUUUUAAAGGGGCCAUAUAUUUCCUGUUCAGCUAAUCCACGUCAGAAAAUGCCGAAGCUAACCUGAAGCUGACAUUCUCAGCUUUUCUGCUCUGCUGUAAAUAAUCAGGACAAGGACUUACUCGUUUUAGGAAUGUCAAAGAAACGAAAGAGAAAAAAAAGACACAAAAAAAAAACCCUUUAACUUGUUUCCAAACUACACUCUUUAUUUGCUAUAAUCCAGUCCAUUGCAUUCAAAAGGCAAAUCAGAUGUGGAGACACGGCAUUUCCAACCAUCACGAUAGACAUCGUUACGUUCAGUAGGAAGUCGUAUACAUGCUUCGUUAACAAGAGCUUCUGCUUGAACAAGUGCAACUUUUGUCAUACAGCUGUUUGCACUGGAGCAAAAUCUUAUCAGUUCCAUUGCGUUUGCUUUUUCCUCUUCUUGCCCCACUGAGGGCUCCAAAUUCUGUUGAGAAACUCUUUGCCAAAAGUUUUAUUUAAAAUUUGAGUAGACAUUGGAGGAUAGGAUUUUGUACCUCGGUAUAUCGGUGUAAACGUAUAGAACACACUGUUUACUUUGGCCUGAGAAAUACCUGUUUGCCUGCUUUACUUACUUGUGUUUUUUUUUUUAAUUGUACUCCAUUUCUUUUUCUUUUUUUCUUUAUUGUAUUUUUAUGCGAGUCGAUCUGUACUCAGCGCAAAGCAGAACUCAUUUAAGGUGAAACAAAGUGAGCCAAAAGGUGUGUUUAGCUGCAUUUUCCACUGGCAUUAGCAGCGUUUUAUUGCUCGUCUGUACCUGCGUUUUAAGACUGCAUGAGAAUGAGGACACUCAAAAAAGGACUUUUCAUUUACAACAAGGUGCCAUAACUGUAUCAACCACGUCCUACUCUGCACAUUCUGCUGCUACGUGGCUCUCUAAAUCACAGACAGUGGACAUGCGCAGCAACAAUUAGCCCGAUAUUGUCUUCGUUUUUUUUUCUUCUUCUUCAACCUCAAAGGUGCUCAGUUUCUUUGAUUUGUGCAAGUACUUUUAAAGUCAAUGGGGACGUUUGCUGUGAAAAUGUCUCAUGUGGGAUAUGCAUUCUGUUUGAUUUUUUUUUCUGUGAUCUUAAGCUGCUGGUCUUACAAAGCCUUUAGAUAUUUGUCGUAUCUUCAUUGUUUUCAUUUAUUUGGUCUGGUUAAGAUAUUUCCACAGUACAUGCAGACAGGAGUGCUAACCACUAAACACUGGAAAGUCAGAUCAGCAUGUCCCUUCCAAAGAUGGGUUGACCCCUGAAGUUCAUCUGUGUUUUGCUGAGGGCCGUAGAGAUCACAAGGCUUCUUUAACAUCUGAUGUGAAGGAAUCAGAAACUGAUACACUCUAUUGAUGUAGAAAUUCAUACAUUAGGAGAUCCAUCCAGUCACCUACGACAUAAACAAACUUUUAAGCGGGACCAAAUUUCCGCAUUAAAAAUGUCCAUUUUGUUAAUAUUAUGGAACACAGCAAUUCUGUUUUAUUAAAUUUUUGGUUUUCAUUUGCUAUAAGGUAUAAUGACGCAAAUGUUUACAAUGUAUUGAUUAGGAUUUUAAUGAAUGCUCUUGUGUUUUAGGUUGACAUUGGAAAUGUGCCUCCACAGAUUGUUAUGUCGUGUGGAAAUAACUUAAUUGUUUUAACAAAUGUCAGUCCUCAAUCUUGCUACCACAUUACGAUUAUCGUCAACAGAGAUCAAGCAGCAGCAGCUCGUCAGCGGCCAAUCGCUGGCAAUGACCUUUUUGCGUUCUGAGGUAUUCUAAGGUCCGGCUCAAACACAACACGGUUUUCACAUUCUGAUGUGAUGGUGAUUGAUCACAGGUGCUUCAGCAGUGGUGUCAAACAGGGGCUCUUCAAUCAGCUACAGGUGCUACAAGAGGACAGAUCCUUACAAACAAAACAGAGGACAAAUUCCAUGUCUGGAACUGUAUUUUUCUAGUUCUUGAGGGGAAAUAAGAGGGUGCCGGAAGUCCUGAUUGGAUUCAAAAUCCCAUCGGGACGGAGCUAAAACCGCCAUAAUAAAAAACAAUGCACUGGUGUUAAAAGACAAACAGGGUGUCUCACGUUCCCUUUUGUUUUGAUUGUUACGAUUGACUCCUUUUGGGAGAGCGGGGUUGUGAAUCUGGUGGUGGGAUUUGCAGACACCUUUGAAAAGCAGACACCAGAGGGAUGCAUAUGAAUUUCUUAAUUGAGGUGUAGUUAUAUUUUACAGUAUAACAGUUUAGUUGUGGCAUAUUAGAUCAAGUAAAAUUGUCCUCAAAAUAAUGAAAACCAGACUGCAGUUAAAAUCUAUACAAAUUUCACAUAGCCUGCAUUAGCAGCAAACAUAUAUGUACAGACUGUACAUGUUUGGUAUUCACACAGUAAGGUUUUUUUAAAAUCCUGUCUGAAGGGCAAGUGGCAUCAGAACUUGUUUUUUUGAGUAGUAGUUUUGAGGUUUCGUUUGUCCUGGAUGGCAGGAUUAUGGAUCCAAUUAUUUAUCUCUUAAUACUGAGUCAGAUAUUGACGUAAGCCGGACAUAAAAUGGCAGCUACAGCGACUACAGUUACGAUCCAUCAAGUUAAAUAGCAAGGAGGGAAGUUUUUCAUUCUUCUUCUUAUUAGAAUGAAAACAGCGAUGAAUCUUGUCUCUGAGUGAUUCUCUGUUAUUUUUGUAUAAUCACGAGAAUCAUAUAAAUGUGUAGAAUUGCUGGAUCCCUCAUGAUGGAACAACAUAGGUUAGUAGUGAAAGAAAAUGACAAACUGAAACGAUCCAACCGCUUCUCUGCAGUCUCAGCUGUAAGAAGGAUCUGGAAGGGAGACAGUAAUCGACGUGAAAUCUGACGACCGACAGUGAAAACGUCUGCAGUUUCACCAAAAAAGGGUUUUAAUAUGAUGUGAGAUCAGUUGGUAGAUUUAGUACUCAAAAGAACCACAAGUUAAAAAGCUAUCCCUCUAGAAAUCCUAAAGACUAAAUAUCACUUUUGUGUAAAUUGAGAAAGAUUAAAACAUGAACACAUGGCUAUUAAUUGAUGCCAUGAUUGUUUUCGCCACGUUUAAUUGUAAAUUGAUUUAUGCUAAGUGAAAUCGAAGGUUUAGAGACCGGCCUCUUCUAAACAAAAGGCUCCCAAACGUCUGACAGCCACUGCGUCUUAUUUAUUUUUGUUUUGUUUGUUUGUUUUUGUAAACGAUAAAUGAAUGCGUAUUGAACAUCUGCAGACCUCACAGUAAGGCCUAACCAGUUUGAUCUGAAGCGCAGCCGUCGAACAUAUUCAGACUGAUCCCAUCAGUCUUUGCAAGACUGCCGACAUUGGUGACCUUUGCCACUCAUUGCUGUGACAACAGAAGUCUGAGUAUUGAUGAAAAACGUCCAGGCUGGAUAGCGUACCUAAAUGCAGUUUAGAUUUAUAAUUCAGGCUAAAAAAAAAAGAAGUUAUUUAAAAAAAAUAUUUAUCAAAAAUUAUUUAAUAUCGUGUAAAUAUCUCAAAAGAGCUUACUAUAAUAUAUAUAUAUAUAUAUUGUUGAGGAAAACAUGAUGCACAUCAGAACUGAGACUGAGAACUGAGUAGUGUACUGUCUACUUCAGUGACACGGUGUAACAUGGUGUGAUAUCAGUGUCUUUACUGUAUGUGAGUGCUUAAAAAUGAAAUAUUAGAAAAUAGCUUAGGAAUUUAAUAUCAAUUUAUUAUCCUAGAGAGAAGACGACACUUGUGUUGGAAGCUAGAUUAACGGGACGGUUCUUCUUUUCAAGAAUGUAAAACUCAAUAUCCUAUUAUUUUUGUACUCAUACGUUGCUCUGUACUGUAGCGAUGAAGAACUGUACACAGAGUAGAGAAAUAUGUUGUCUAUCUAAGCUCCUGCGUUGUUCAGAAGAGAAGAAAUUGGUGCACCGAACUGUACUGUAUAUCUUUUUAUCUACAAAGAGAUCCUCAUGAAAAAAACAACAACAAAAAAAGGACGGUAAAUUAGUUUUUAUAGUGCGUGUGAAUAGCAGACAUACUGUACCUUACCAUACUAAUCAUUGAUUAUCCAUUAAAAAAAAACAAACUUUUUUUCUUUUUUAAAUAUAAAUAUAUACAUUUCUUGGCAUGAAUUGUGAUUUAUUUUCCAUUCAAUCGGUGCUCUCCGCCUGUAGAAGCACUGAGGUCCAAAUGCAGUUUGGACACAGCUCCACACUCCACAAAAGUUUCCGACGUGAUGUUUGUGUUUGCAGUGAAAGACGCGAGCGCUUCUCGACGCCGACUCGAAUCGAUCCAAAUCCGUCAGUUUAGCUCCAGCCCGGCGCAUGUGCAAGUCAGCCAACGUUUCUCUGCGCCUUCUGCUCCAAAGCGGAGGUGGAGCUGCUAAAUGCUACACCGCGCUCUCAAUUCAGUGCUGUAAAUUGCCAAAAAAACAACAAAAAAAAUAGAGACAACCAUCAACUUCAUAAUAACAACUGGUGCUAUAAAUACACACACACACACACACACACACACACACACACACACACACACACACACACAUAUAUAUAUAUAUAUAUA